AAGGAAGUGGGGCGGAGACUCCUCGCGGAGCCCUCGUCUCCCCCGCGCGUUCCCCCCGCCGCCCGCUCGGUCGCUGCGGCGCUGCGUGCAAGGAAGCCCCUUCCCCGCCGGCCCGGCGUGCCCUCUCCAGCCCGCCCUGUCCCCUCCAGCUACCCCGGCGCAGCUGCAGGCGACCUGAAGUCAAUCCAGCCAUGGCGACUCCCUCUGCUGCCUUUGAGGCCCUUAUGAAUGGAGUGACAAGCUGGGAUGUCCCUGAAGAUGCCAUCCCAUGUGAACUGCUUCUUAUUGGAGAGGCCUCCUUCCCGGUGAUGGUGAACGACAUGGGCCAGGUCCUCAUUGCUGCCUCCUCCUACGGCCGAGGCCGCCUGGUGGUGGUGUCCCAUGAGGACUACUUGGUGGAAGCCCAGCUCGGUCCCUUUCUCCUCAACGCAGUGGGCUGGCUUUGUUCUUCCCCUGGGGCUCCCAUUGGUGUACACCCGUCUCUGGCGCCCCUAGUCAAGAUCCUUGAGGGCUCUGGCAUGGAGGUGAAGAUUGAGCCAGAAGUGAAAGACUCCCUGGGGGUUUACUGUAUUGAUGCCUACAAUGAAACCAUGAGUGAAAAGUUGGUCAAGUUUAUGAAACGUGGAGGGGGCUUGCUCAUCGGAGGCCAGGCCUGGGACUGGGCCAACCAGGGCGAUGAGGAGAGGGUUCUGUUCACUUUCCCAGGCAACCUCGUGACCAGUGUGGCCGGAGUGUACUUCACUGACAACAAAGGGGACACAAGUUUCUUUAAAGUCUCUAAGAAGAUGCCCAAGAUCCCAGUCUUAGUUAGUUGUGAAGAUGAUCUCUCCGAGGACAGAGAGGAGCUCCUGCAUGGCGUAUCAGAGCUGGACAUCAGCAACUCGGAUUGUUUCCCAUCCCAGCUGCUGGUGCACGGGGCUUUGGCCUUUCCCCUGGGGUUAGAUUCCUACCACGGCUGUGUUAUAGCGGCUGCCCGCUAUGGCAAGGGCCGCGUGGUUGUGACUGGCCACAAGGUACUAUUCACUGUUGGUAAACUGGGCCCCUUUCUGCUCAAUGCCGUUCGCUGGCUGGAUGGGGGCCGCAGGGGCAAGAUCGUGGUGCAGACAGAACUGAGGACGCUGAGCGGCCUGCUUGCAGUAGGGGGCAUAGAUGCCAGCAUUGAGCCCAAUCUGACCAGUGAUGCAAGUGUCUACUGCUUUGAACCUGUGAGUGAUGUGGGGGUCAAAGAGCUGCAGGAGUUUGUAGCAGAGGGUGGGGGUCUGUUUGUGGGAGCCCAAGCCUGGUGGUGGGCCUUCAAGAACCCCGGAGUGUCCCCUUUGGCUCGGUUCCCAGGGAACCUCCUCCUCAACCCCUUUGGCAUCAGCAUCACAAGCCAAAGCCUCAAUCCAGGGCCCUUUCGUACUCCCAAAGCAGGGAUAAGGACCUAUCACUUCCGCUCCACCCUGGCUGAGUUCCAGGUCAUCAUGGGCAGGAAGAGAGGCAACGUGGAGAAGGGCUGGCUGGCCAAGCUGGGGCCGGAUGGCGCGGCCUUCCUGCAGAUACCCGCAGAAGAGAUCCCUGCGUACAUGUCUGUGCACCGGCUCCUGAGGAAGCUGCUAAGUCGCUACCGGCUCCCCGUAGCCACCCGGGAGAACCCAGUGAUUAACGACUGCUUUAGCACACACUGUUCAUUAACAGUGGGAAGGUGGGACUUGCACGGCAUCCUGGCCCAGCGACCCUUCCUUCCCAACACCUCCUGGGUGCUCUCCCCUGCCACCCGCACACACCCAGAGGUGACUCUGUGGGGGCAUCUCUCUGCUCAGGUACAGAUUGGCUGCCACACUGAUGACCUGACCAGGGCCAGCAAGCUAUUCCGAGGCCCACUCGUGAUUAACCGGUGCUGCUUGGACAAGCCCACGAAAUCCAUCACCUGCCUGUGGGGCGGCCUCCUCUACAUCAUUGUGCCUCAGAGCAGCAAACUGGGUUCCGUGCCUGUCACUGUGAAAGGGGCCGUGCACGCUCCAUACUACAAGCUGGGGGAGACAUCCCAGGAGGAGUGGAAGAGGCGGGUCCAGGAGAAUCCGGGUCCCUGGGGAGAGCUGGCCACAGACAACAUCAUCCUGACGGUGCCAACUGCAAACCUGCGGGCCCUGGAGGAGCCCGAGCCGCUGCUCCGCCUCUGGGAUGACGUGAUGCGGGCUGUGGCGCGGCUGGGGGCCGAGCCCUUCCCCCUGCGCCUGCCUCAGAGGAUCGUCGCCGACGUGCAGAUCUCAGUGGGCUGGAUGCAUGCAGGGUAUCCUAUCAUGUGCCAUCUGGAAUCUGUGCAGGAGCUCAUCAAUGAGAAACUCAUCAGAACCAAGGGGCUGUGGGGCCCUGUCCAUGAGCUUGGCCGCAACCAGCAGAGGCAGGAGUGGGAAUUCCCACCGCACACCACCGAGGCCACCUGCAACCUGUGGUGUGUUUACGUGCAUGAAACCGUCCUGGGCAUUCCUCGAGGCCGUGCCAAUAUUGCUCUGUGGCCCCCGGUUCGGGAGAAAAGAGUCAGAAUCUACCUGGGCAAGGGUCCCAACGUGAAAAACUGGAAUGCGUGGACUGCACUGGAAACGUAUUUACAGCUACAAGAGGCUUUUGGUUGGGAGCCGUUCAUCCGUCUCUUCACUGAGUACAGGAACCAGACCAACCUGCCCACAGACAAUGUUGACAAAAUGAAUCUGUGGGUGAAGAUGUUCUCCCACCAAGUACAGAAGAAUCUGGCUCCUUUCUUUGAGGCCUGGGCCUGGCCUGUCCAGAAGGAAGUGGCUACCAGCCUGGCCUAUCUGCCUGAAUGGAAGGAAAAUAUUAUGAAAUUAUACCUCCUCACACAGAUGCCCCACUGAAACUGAAGUCAAGAAAUACAAAAGAGAAUUGACACAUCUGAGCAAAGACAACUGAAUGGAUUUGGCUAUAACCGAAGAUCUCAGCACAUUUCUGGAGGAGAGAAACUGGAUGAAGCAUGAUAGUGGAUGGAACAGUGAAGGUGUCUUUCAGGCAGAAUAUAAGCUGAUCCAAACAGCACAACCCCAAAGAGACUUGGGCAUAUGAAAAGUCUAUCUACAUAGAGAAUUAUUCUAGCUAUAAAAUUAACCCCAUCGCAUUCUACCCCAAUCCUUGUGCACAGAACAUAGGCAGUCUACUAUUGGUACCAGUUUAGAAUCUGUUGUCAUUGUUGCUGUUUGUAUAAAGGAGUUAAGUAAACUGCCCGUGGAGAGGUAGGAGUUGGUGCUUCAGAACAGCAUUUCUCUUUUUGUGGAAAUAAGUGACUCCCCACCCCCAGCCUAUCAGCUAAUUCUCCGACAGUUGAAACCCCUCCUCCAAGUACUCAUGUGCUUCCAGCCACAGAAGAGGCUUAUUAGAGAAAAAGACUGAACCCUACAAUGGCAGAAGAAACCCACACCAACUCCUAUAAAAGUCAACAGUUAUAUAUUGAUUCUUAAAAGCAAAUGGUCAGCUAGGAAUCCCCUAGACACUGGGCAUCAGGGUGAGGAGGGAGAGAACCAGGGAAGAAGCAUGUAAGAAAAGUAACCAGUUAGAAUUAGGAGAUUUGAAAACAUACAAAAACUCCAGAGGAAAACAAAGUUAACAUGGAAAAAAUCUUACUAUAUCUUCAGAGAGAUUUGAAGUAUAUUUGUAAGAUGAACACAAAGAAGGGGAAAACUCUGAGAAUAAAAAGCCCACUAAAAGUGAAAUAAGACUGCCAAAAAUAUUCAGUAGACAGGCUAGGAAAUAAAGGCGAGAGAAACCCCCCAGAUACAAAGCAAGGAGAAACAGCAGAAAAUACGAAGAAAGAGACGAAGACGAUCAACAUCUACCCAUUAGGAGCUUCUGAGAGAGAACAUAUGAAAUAUAGGUAAAGAACUAAAAGAAAAAGGAUUGAAGACCAGAAAGAACUAAUUCUUGAGAUUGGGGGCCCCUGAUGUAACCUGUAUCUAGACACGAUCUUGUGAAAUUUUGGAGUAUUUAAGGAUAGAGGGAAGACAUUAAAAGUGCCCAGAGAGAAAAUAAAAUGAGGUCAUCAUAAAGGGCUCAACUAAAAAGGGUGAGAAAUUGACUUCAAGCAGAUUUUUCAUCAAUGACACUGAAUACUAGGAGCCUAUGGGGCCAUGUCUUCAUGUAUGGCAAAUGCUUGUACCCAGGAUUCCAUAGCAAGCUAAACUGUCAAGAGCAAAGUCAAAAUGAAGACCUUCUCUGACAAGCAAGAUCCCAGAAAGUCUACCUCCUUUGCACCCUUACUGAGGAAGUACCUUGAGGUUCUCCAGCGAAAUGGCAAGAAAAUCAGAAAGAGGAAGAAAUGCAAUCCAGCAAACAAUGGCGCUCACCCAGGAUGUCUCACUCUAGAGUGACAGUUACCUGGCAACCCCUUUCCCCCCUCCCAGAGUGCAGUCCCGGGCUCUCUGGGAAGAAUAUGCAUUCUGUGCCAUAGGUAGUAUCAUGGAGAAGCUGGAACAUAUGAGGACAUGGAGGACAUAUGUUCGUUAGUCAACAGAAAGGAAAAGAAAACAAAAAUAUGUCAAGAAAUUCAGGUCCAAUUACAAAACAACAAAAAUUACUUGCGGGAUGUAAGAAGAGACCCAAUUUGACAUUGGUGGUGGCUAUAGUUUCCUUCAAGCAGCACAGGCAUCAUGACAUUGGAUAUGCAUGAAAGGAAAUAUCCUAACUUCUAUUUGGCUCUCAGUAAUAUUUACAUAGCCAAAAUAAUAUAAAAGCUAUUUAUCGGCAUUCGAUGUUCUGAUGAGCCUACAGACAAAACAUGAAAGGCUUAAUUUUUUAUUCAGAACUGCAAUGGAAAGUAAUCAAUCCUGACAAAUUAAGGAAAAGGAGAGCAGAAAGAGGCCGGAGAUUAGUUGAGGGAAAGAAGAAUAGGGCUAUUUACAUAGUGAAAAUGGGGAUGAAAAGUUAUAUAAAGUCUACAGGUAAUGAAGAAACUAGAGGAUGUGUAUCCUGUUCAAAGCUGUAAAUUAAACCCGUAAGAGUGUGAAAAAUGACAUACCUAUCAAAAAAUUGGGGAAAGGAUAGGCAAAGGAAAGGUGGGGACAGUGUAAGUUAAAUCCUUAUCUUUUGUAAUGGGGAAUUAUUAAAGAUGUCUAAAGUUGAUAAGUCAAGAAAUUAUUGCUUAAACAUAUUAUUUAAUGUUAGGAAGUUAGUUAAGAGAAGAUCUAAAAAUAGAAAUUGUUAAAUGCAUCGCCACUAGGGAAUGGGACCGGGGCUUAAAAGGGUGUGGUGGGAAAUCGUGUUUCAUUUUGAGUCCUGUGCUAUUUAAUUUUUUACCUUGUGCAUGUAUUACUUUGAAAAAUUUUUAAUAAACUCAAAUAAAAAUCCUUCAAUGGCUUCAUACUAA